AUGGAGAGAUGGUUGGAACACUACUCCGACCUCUAUUCCAAAGAGAAUGCAGUGACUCCCACAGCCCUCGAUGCUAUUAAAUGCUUGUCAGUAAUGGAAGAACUCGAUGUAGAGCCAACCAUGGACAAGCUGAGCAAAGCCAUUAACAGUUUGGCUGCAGGCAAGGCACAAGGCAAUGAGAGUAUCCCUCCAGACCUCAUCAAGAGUUGCAAGACUACUCUACUGCACGCUUUGCAUGAAGUCCUCUGCCAGUGCUGGAGAGAGGGAACUGUGCCGCAAGACAUGAGCCAUGCCAAGAUUGUCACUCUAUACAAGAACAAGGGCGAGAGAAGCGACUGCAACAAUUACAGAGGCAUCUCCCUCCUCAGCAUUGUUGGCAAAGUCUAUGCUCGGGCCCUCCUGAUCCAUCGUCAGAAUUUGGCUUAG